AUGUCCUUCGCCAGAGCCGCUUCCCUGCGUUCCGCCCUCCGAUUCUCGGCGCGCCGGACGAUCCGUACCCAGUUCCGUUCCCAGAUCGCCCAGAGGACGUACGCCAGCCAACAUGGCGCGAAGCCCCAGAGCGAGCUCCCUCUGGCCAUUGGCUCGGUAGUCUUCUUCGUUGCGGGUCUGGCGGUCAUCCAGCCGUGGAGCGCUCCCGCGCCGUCCAAGGGUCACGAUGCUCACGCCAAGCACGAUGAGGAGAAGCACGAUGAGCCUGAGGAGAAGGAAGAGGAGCCUGAGUCCGAGGAGAAGGAAGGGUCCAAGUCUGAAGAGAAAGAGGAUGACAAGUCUGAGGAGAAGAAAGACGACAAGUCUGAGGAGAAGGAGGAAAAGAAAUCUGGCGACUCCGAGGACAAGCCUAAAGAGGAGAAGAAGGAAGAGUCCAAGGACGAGAAGAAGGGCCAGGACAAGAAGGAGGAAAAGUCGGCGGAGAAAUCUGAGGACAAGAAGGAAGAGAAAUCCGAGGACAAGGAGGAAGACUCCAAGGACGAGAAGGAGGACGAGGACAAGAAGGAGGACAACUAA